AUGGGAAUCAAGUAUGAACUUUUCUGCUUUGUGGCCAUUACUGUGAUCUCCUGCUCAGGCCAGUGGAAUAACUUUCAGGGUAACGCAGAGCAUCGGUCAAACAACAAUUGGUUCCAACAACAGCAGCAGCAACAACAACAUCAGCCAAAACACCCUUCGAGUUGGCAAGGUUACAAUGUACAACAAAAUGGUAACUCUGUCGACCAAUCACAACAGCCCCGUGGUCAGCCGCAACACCAACAGGGCCAACAGCAACAUGUGGUGGGCGUGGUCCGUUCCGGGACUUUUCAAAACACGCCGUCAUCUACACAAUAUACUAGGGGAUCAUUUUCAAAUCCACAGCAGAUACCCGUAGCAGGCAUUCAGCGCGAUAAUGGAAAUCCUACGGCCAAUGGACGCAAUGUCCACCGAGCCUCUAAAAAUGGCGUCGGCCAUGUCCAACAUAAAGUGUUUGAUACGCCCCCAAGACUGAGCUAUCAGAUGGACCGUAAGAGUGCAAUAUCAAAUCAGGGCAGGGUUGGACAAAUAGUAUCCGGAAUACGGAGCAAUCCUGUACAUCCGGUGCAUGCGCCCACUCCUAUUUCACAACGAGUAGUGGAUAAUACAAAGCAUAAUAAUAUCGGUAGUUCGAACUCAUUCCAACACCCCUCAGAACGGGCAAGUAAUAGUAUGGUGAAUAGUCAUGUUCAAACGAACAACGGACAACCUAUUCCUAAAACCAAUAGUAAUGGUUUCACUAACAAUCAGCAUUCUCAUCCAAAUAAUGCACAGUAUGUAAAUAAGGUUUCGAGAAACCAUCAGAUUAUCCAAUCUAAUGAAAAUAAUGCCCAUCCGGAUAGCCAUGAAAUCGUGACAAUAGAUAGCAACCCAAAACAAUACAGAGUGUAUCAACACUCAAAAAACAAUCCACAGCGUCCACGUGUGAGUCCAGAUAAUCUGCAGCAUAUAGUUGCCCCACAUCCACAGAGGAAUCAAGGGAGUCCGAAAAAUUCCUUUUCCGGUUCAUACCCUGCGCAAGUACAUGUGAAUGGUGACCCGGAUAACGACCAGACCUUGGCAGUGAAAGUGACGACCCCAGAACAAACGUAUCACGUGGAGGUGAAGAGAAUUAACAACAACAUCCUUCAUGAAGACGUCCGUUUCCUCACUGUUUCUGUCGACAAGAAUGGAAAGACGGUGUUUGAAGAGCAGUUUAAGCCUGUCGACCUACAGAAGAAGGCACGGGGCCUAAAUUAUUACCAAGACUUACGGUCCGGAACGUUCCUUAGCAUAUACGCACACCGGAAGGACUCUGGAAAAAAACCAGAAUCAUUCAUCGAGGGAGUUCUAUUCGACGAGCUGAUUGUGGCGGCCCCUAAAUCAAACAAGAGACAUAAGAGAGCCAUUUUCUCCGACUCUCACACAGUGUAUAGGGAGGAAGGAGGCUACCAAGGUGUAUUCCACGCCGACACCAUGAACGUCAUCCCAGGAUUUGAGGAUAUGCUGAAGAUGCAGUACAACGUUACACACGACAACACCGAGCCGAAGAGAACAAAACCACACCGACGAAGGAAGCGCCAAUAUCGACCAUCUCAGACAGACUCGCGCACUACCCCGCGCAUAGAACCGGAACUGUUGCUGUUCGUGGACUUCGCCCUCUACCGGGAAUUCGAGGGGGAUUCGAACGAACUGUUGGAAUAUCUCAUGCACUUCUGGCACGCGGUUAACUGGAAGUACCUAACGAUCGCCCUAUCUGGUUCUUGGCCAAUCAUAGACCUUCGUAUCCGGGAAAUAGGGGUAUUCAAGGAGCCAAACGCCCAGCCCUUUAUCGAGUCGAGCAGAAUACGGAGAGGAAGUAAAAUGUUCUCUUUGUAUGACGCAAUGGAUAGUCUGCAGAAGUGGCUCAUCCGGUACGAAAACGCCUUGCCGGUCCAUGACAUAGCAUUCCUGCAAACGGGUGAGAAUGCCUGUCGCCGGCUGAAGCACGGAAAGGAGGGAAAGCUGCCUUUCAAUCCAAAUAUACUGAAGUCUAUCCGCAAAGGAAUCUCCUCCCAGCUCGACCCCAAAGAUGAGAAGGAGUGUGUAACGGGAACUGCAGGAGUAGCCUAUGUGCGCGGGGCUUGUUUGUCCGCCCCUAUGCUGAGAGGCAAUGCCUUUAAUUUUGGGAUUGGAGAAGCGUCUAAUAGUUUCAAUGGCGUCAUCAUUGCUGCUCACGAGGUUGGCCAUUUACUUGGAGCUUACCAUGACGGAGAGGCUGACGCAGGGUCCUGUUCCAGUAAGUCUGGUUACAUCAUGAGCUACACUCGUGACGACUCCUACAAGUUCAGCAGAUUCUCCGAGUGUUCGAUACGAAGCUUUCAGAACUUUCUCAGAAUGGAUCGUGCUAAAUGUUUACUACAAAGGUCAAGCAGGGACACCCUCAAGUUUCCAACCACAUUCCCGGGAAAGUUCAUGACGCUACGUCAGCAAUGUCUGCGGUUUACAGGAGGACCACCAUGUGAGGAAGGCCCAACUCAAUGUGAACAUUUGUGUUGUGAUGACCGUAAGGGGGAGUGGAGAUAUACUCGGUCCGAACCGGCUGUGGAUGGAACAGAGUGCAGCAAACAUAAGGUGUGUCUGAAUGGUCAGUGUGUACCACUAUCGUCAAUAGGAAAGAAAUAG